AUGAAACUCAUCUCCACGAUUGCUGCUGCGACGACCGCCUUCGGAGCUCCCAAUGCUGACCAUACCUCGCGCCAGCUGAUUUUCGGAGGAGGAAUUAUUCCGAGCGGCACGAAGACAUACACCGCUGGCAUCCGUACCUCUGCCGACGGUGACACCUACUGCGGUGGUUCUUUGAUCUCGCCCACGCACGUACUUACCACGUCGAUUUGCACAGGCUACAAGGAGCCAAAGUUCGUGUCGGUGGGCACGCACUACCUCAACGGCACGCAGGACGGCGAGCAGAUCAAGGUCGUGUCAGCCCAGAACCACACGUCUCUCAACUUCUCCAGCGGUACUUACGACUUCGCGCUGCUGACUCUUGAGAAGCCGAGCAAAUUCAUUCCUGUCAAACUACCAAAAGCGGACGACUCGGACAUUAAGCCCGGUAUGUGGUCGAAGGCCAUGGGCUGGGGUGUCACUAGCUACCCCAACGGCUCCCUCUCGUACGAGCUACAGGGUGUAAGUCUUGAAGUGUGGGCCAACGAUGAGUGCUCGCAAGUAUUCAAUAUCGGUGACACCAGCGUGUGCGCUGGUGGUCUUCCUGGCAAGGACGCUUGUGUGGCUGACACUGGCGGAUCGCCCACCGUCUACUCUCGUGUCUCGACCGCUACCGAGUGGAUCAACUCUGUCACGAAGGGCCAAUAA